AGGAUAACUCUCCCGGCCACUUAGCUUCCUACUCCCACCACACACACUCUCUCUGGGCACUAACACUUUCUGCUACACCAUGGAUAUCUUAUACUGUUAUCUUGCUCUCUUCUUGACACUUCUCAUUUUCCGACUUCAACUUCGUCCCCGCCGAAUUUCACCACCGACCCCAUUUGCUCUUCCAAUAAUUGGCCACCUUCACCUCAUUAAGAACCCACUCCACGUAGCACUCGAGAGACUAUCACUCCGAUACGGUCCCAUACUAAAUCUCCGGCUCGGUGUCCUGCCUAUCGUCGUCGUGUCUUCUCCCUCUGCUGUUGAGGAGUGCUUCACCAAGAACGACAUAAUACUUGCAAACCGACCGCAAUCUCUUGCUGGGGAUGUCCUUAGUUACGAUUAUACGUCCCUCGCAUUUGCUUCAUAUGGUGACCUUUGGCGAAGUCUUCGUCGCCUCACAGUCAAUGAAAUCUUCUCCCCAAACAGCAUCCAGAAGUUUUCUGCCAUCCGUAAAGAAGAAGUUUGUGACUUUCUUCGCCGACUUUAUGAAGUCUCAAAGAGUGGAAGCCAAAAGGUGGAGCUGAAGUAUUUUUUCUCCCUUCUAACGUUCAAUGUUCUCAUGAGGAUAAUAGCAGGAAAGCGCAGCAUUGAAGGAAAUGCUGCAACCACCGUUAUGGGAAUCAGGCAGCAUCUGCAAGAACUCAGAGAGAUUUUCCUUCCGUCCCUGUCAAUGAACAUGUGUGACUUCCUGCCAAUAUUGAGGUGGGUUGGGUACAAAGGAUUGGAGAAGAAUAUGGUAAAGAUGUGUAGGAAAAGAGAUGAAUUUCUGCAGAAUUUGAUAGAUGAGGUUCGACAAAAGAAAGCUAUUAAUUCAUUCAAUUGCACUCCCAAUAUGGAAAGCGGAAAGAAGAUGACAAUGAUUGAAAAUCUAUUGUCCCUCCAAGAAUCUGCACCUGAAUCCUAUUCAGACAAACUCAUCAAAAGCAUAAUAGCGCUUAUGUUUGUUGCAGGAACUGAUACAUCAGCCAUCACUUUAGAGUGGGCAGUGUCUCUUCUACUGGAUCACCCAAAGGUAUUAGAGAAGGUGCGAGCGGAGAUUGAUAACCAUGUCGAACAUGAGCGCUUAAUUGACGAGUUGGACCUUUCCAAACUUCCUUAUCUCCGUUGCAUAGUAUAUGAGACUCUUAGAUUAUAUCCAGCAGCGCCGCUAUUACUUCCCCAUUUUUCAUCUGGUGAUUGCUCACUCGGAGGAUACGACAUACCGCGACGGACAGUCCUGUUGGUGAAUGUUUGGGCUCUUCACAGAGAUCCCAAAGUAUGGGAGGAGCCCGAAAAGUUCAAGCCAGAGAGGUUUGAGGGCACUGAGGGGGACAGAGAAGGGUACAAAUUUAUUCCUUUUGGAGUGGGGCGGAGGGCGUGUCCGGGAGCUGGCAUGGGCAUGCGGAUAGUUUCAUUGGCAUUGGGUGCAAUGAUUCAGUGUUUCGAGUGGGAAAAGGUUGGGCAGGAGGUGGACAUGAGCUGUAAUUUUGCCACGACUAUGGCCAGGGUUGAGCCUUUGGAGGUUGUGUGCACCCCACGCCAGAAUUUUUUUAAACUACUUGGAUUGUAAAACCAUUUCUGUAGUUUUUGUUGCAAUUUACAGCUCAUGAGCCUAAAAGAUGUAAAAGAGGUAAGGGAGGCUUAUGGACCCAUAAAGUGUAAGUCACUUUACAGCAACUGCUCACUCUCAAUGCCAAAGAACUGUUUUGUUUUGCUGCUGCACUGCUUACUUGCUGCCAAUAAUAAUAAAUACUUUUUGUAUUUGAUAA